AUGCGGCCGUCGGUGCCGCGCGAGUACUUCGGCAACGUGGUUCUCUGGGCGUUCCCGCGCUCCGACGUCGGCGAGCUCGUGCCCCGGCUGGUGGGCCACGCGGCGGAGCUCAUCUACCGCGCCGUGGCCAGCAUGGACGACGCCUACUUCUGCUCCUUCAUGGACUUCGCCUCCUCUGGUGCUGUGGUGGUCGAGGGGCUUGUCCCGACGGCGGAUAGCGAGCAGGCGGUGGUGUGUCUGGACCUGGAGAUGGACGCGUGGCUGGGGAUCAACUUCCACGGCCUGGACUUCGGCGGCAGCGGCCCCUUCCGCGUCAUGCCGACGUACUACCCCAUGGAAGGCAGCCUGUUCCUGGUGCCGUCCACCCUAGGCGACGGCAGCAUGGAGGCCUCCGUGGCCCUCUUUCAUAACCACCUCGAGGAGUUCAAGAGGAUAUGCCACAAGAUCGCCUAG